CUAUCCCGCCCACAAACACGUCUUCCUGUAGUCAUCAAAGUGGGUAGCAGCAAGCUAGAAGGCGUUAGUUCACGUGUGCCAUGUAGAUAACAUUGUGCUCAUGCCCCUGGAGUUACUUAUGAGAGGACACUGAUGGGAUAAAAUGCAAGUCUGUCAAAAGAACUGAGAUAAGGAGCAGUCUGCAGAGGCUUAGCUAUAAGGUAUUCACAGAGUUCUCACCCUUUAGAAGCUACUAUGAACAAGGAAAAGAAAAGAACUUCAGAGAAGAUUUUGAGUCAUGUCCUUGAGAUCCUUUACUUGCUGACUGGAGAGGCUUCAGUCAUGCAGCAGUUUACUAACUCACUAGUGGCGAAAGAAAUGUACAAGGACAAGAAGAAAAUGGAUACAAUGAUUGAGAGGAUCUUAAAACACACAAUGGAGAUUAUUUAUCUUCUAAAAGGAGAGGAAUACAUCAUUGUGAAGAAGGAUUCUGUCCAUUGCAACAUUCACCAGGUGCCUGAAGAGUGCACAGAGACUGCAGAACCUUCCUCCAUAGAAGGACCCAAGACUGAGCCUCAAGAGACACUGAGCACUUCAGACCUCUCAGCAAACAAAAGUUCAGUUAUUCAAAAGGACGAUUUAGACACUGUUAGCAAAGAAGGAGAGGAUGAGAUAGAUGAUAAGGAGAUUCUGCAGGUGAAAAUCCAUUCCGACCUUUAUACAAGACUCCCAGAGGAAAAUGUAGACAUUGCUAGUGAGCAGAUAGAGGAUGAGAUAGAUGAAAGGGAUAUUCUUCAGGUUAAUAUCCACUCAGACCUCUAUGAUGAAUCAAUAAAUGAGGAUGAAGAAGAUGAUGAAGAUGGAAAAGAUGUUUUGCAGCUGACAUUCCACCCGGAUUCAUAUACAGAUCAGUCCAAACUCUUGAAAACAUCUGAAAAACAUAUUUCAGUUACAUCAAGAAAUGGUGAACCUGAAGAAGUAAAACGCCGUAAUAGGAGUUCUUGCAAAAAAUCUAGGAAUAUUAUGACGGAAGAAUUAAACAUAAGUUUUGCUAAACCCCGCAUGAUCUAUGAGACAGGAGAUGCCAAAAUGUUUUGCACAGCUACAACUACUAAGGCCUGUACCCAAAAAAGCAAUGCUGCACUGGAAGGAGACAGCAAUGAUGAGAAGCCUAAUGCUAGUGAUUCACAGCAGCUGUCACACUCCGUGGAAAAACCAUAUUCAUGCCCAGAAUGUGAAAAAAGUUUUAACCAAAAAUCAUGUCUUGUUAGACACCUUAAAAUACACACAGGAGAGAAACCAUUCAUAUGUUCUGAUUGUGGAAAGGGAUUCAGCCAAAAUUCAUCCCUUCUGAGACAUCAGAAACUGCACACAGGAGAUAACGAAUUUACAUGUACUGUUUGCGGAAAGUGUUUUACCCAGAAAUCAGCUCUUGUUAGACAUCAUAUAAUCCACACAGGAGAAAGGCCAUAUUCUUGUUCUUACUGUGGGAAAUGUUUUAACGAUAAGACAAGUUUUAGUAGACAUCAAAGAAUUCAUACCGGGGAAAAUCUGUUUGCGUGCGCUGAAUGCGGAAAAUGUUUUGUACAACAUUCAAACUUUAUUAGACAUGAGAAGAUUCAUUUGAAAGAGAAAUACAGUAGAUCAUUGAUUCUCAGACGUUUAUGGGGUGAAGGAUCCAGUGAAUAAUUAAUGUGAUUCAGCCUCUGAUCAACAACAACAAAACAUGAAAACAAGUGUUUAUAUGACCUGCUAUUUGUUUGUGAUAAAGGUUUUUGUAGGGACCCCAGCUUGUACAUCUGAAGAGUGAUUUAAACUGGGACAGUCAGUAUAUUAUACACUUUUAAUACUAUUUGUAUUUACAAUAUAACACUCCUAACCAAUGCAAAAUUAGUGAUUAAACACUAACUUAAAGAGACAUUGUAUUAUAAAAUUUGUUUCCCCUUAAUCUGUUCCAAAUGACUAGUUAUACCUACUGCAGGGUAAUAAAUGUAUGGGAAAUUGUUACUUUGUGUUUAUUUUCAUAUUUGGCAUAGCUGUUUUUGCUCAUUAAAACCAUCACCUAUUGUCUUCAAGGACAUGUCCAUAAAAAUGGGCUGAUCCUGCAGGUAAAGCAAACCUGCUCAUGUUAUGUGUGUCUAAACACGCAGCCUAAUAGAUAUUGAAAUGCUAAUUAUAGGGGGGCAAUGAGCACAACCAGCUGUUUCAGAUACCAAUUCUUUUGUUCCCCCGACUGGGAGGUUAAAGGGAUAUGAAAAUUAAAACUUUUCUUUUGUGAUUUGGACAGAGCAUACAGAAAAUAGUGCUGGCAUCAAGUGCUCUUGCAGAUGGAAAACAUUAUUGUAAAACUGCUGCCAUAAAGUGCUCCUCAGCUUAUGUCCCUGCUUUUUAACAAAUGAUACCAAGGGAACAAAGAAAAAUAGAUAACCAAAGUAAAUUAGAAAUUUGUUAAAAAUGGCAUGCUCUACCUGAAUCAUAAAAGGAAAAAAUGUUGGUUUCAUAUACCUUUAAUUAGUGCUAUUACUUCCUGUUUACAUAGCUUUUCUACAUAGUAUAUUUUCAUUAUUGUUAUUAUUAUGAUUUAUUUGCAAAGCUCAGCAAAAUUCUGUAGGUAUUGGUUUCAACUGGCAAAAGCCGCUAUUUCAAGCAAAGAAAUAAAUAAAGGUAAAGGAGUGGUUUGCAGACAAUUAAAUACACUCCAGACCAUUAAGAGCACAUCUAAGGGGAGAAAAAUUACAAUGUCCCAUUAAUAUUUAUUUUUGAGGAACUUCUGAAAUAAAUACUACAAAAUAUAA